UAUACGAACCUGGUCGAAUUCGCGCGGUGACGGAAAACUGUUCUCUUUAGACCUGAUUGAUGAGAGUGGAGAGAUACGUGCGACAGCAUUCAACCAGGAGUGCGACAAGUAUUUCGACAUGUUGGAAUUGGACAAGGUAUACAUCAUAUCUAAAGCACAGCUGAAGACAGCCAAUAAGAACUUUACAACCAUCAAGAAUGACUAUGAGAUGACGUUCAGCAGAGACACAGAGGUGACGCUAUGUAUGGACGAAUCUGCCAACAUUCCAAAAAUGAGCUUCAAUUUUGUGCCGAUCAGUGAACUGGCCAAAGUACAGAAGGACGCGAUGAUUGAUGUUGUCGGCGUGUGCAAAAGUGCAGGAGAUUUGGCAACAAUCAUGACCAAGACCACAAACCGAGAACUGUCGAAGCGAGACAUCACGUUGGUCGAUGGCACGCAAACGGAGGUCCGGUUGACCAUCUGGGGAGAAGAGGCGGAGAAAUUCAAUGCCGAUAACAUGCCGGUAAUUGCCGUCAAAGGAGCACGUGUUUCCGACUUUGGAGGUGUGUCACUGUCUGUGCUCAUGUCCAGUACACUCAUGAUCAACCCAGACAUUGAAGAAGCACACAAGCUGCGUGGUUGGUGGGACACUGAAGGAUUGAACACCCAGACACAGAGUUUGUCCAACCUUGUCGGAGGGGGUGGAGGCGGCCCCGCAAACUGGAAAACAUUCAUGGAGAUGAAGACGGAGAAUCUUGGACACGGUGACAAGCCUGACUAUUUCAGUGUAAAGGCUACAGCUGUCUUCUUCAGAAAGGAGAACUGCCUCUAUCAGGCGUGUCCAACAGAACAAUGCAACAAGAAAGUGAUUGACAAUGGUGAUAACACGUUCAGAUGCGAGAAAUGUGCCAAAGACUUUGAUAGCUUCAAGUGGCGCAUGUUGCUUUCUAUGAACCUGGCAGACUUCACGGAUAGUGCUUGGGUGACCUGCUUCUCUGACGCCGGUGCACAGGUGCUGGGAGUCGAUGCUAGUGCUUUGGGAACGUACAAAACAGACGAUGAGGAUAAGUUCCACCAGGUUUUCACAGAGGCGACCUUUAAACCACACAUAUUCAAACUUCGGACAAAAAUGGAAACGUACAACGACGAGUCCAGGCUGAAGACCGUUUGCAUGAUGGCACAGCCGGUCAACUGGUGUGAGUACAACCAGCGACUUAUUGAUGACAUUCAGCGCAUGAUGGCGAUGUGAUGAUCUCAACUAGACGGAUGCGUCGCAGCACCCGGUGGCAUCUCUUUAGCGUGGCUGUCCCGACGAUACGUGCAGCAGAAUGGCGGAUGUGUAGUGGAUAUGUGGAGUAGUUAGGGGCAAAGUACACGUUUACCGUGGAUGGUGUUUUUGUGCUAGACAGUGGAGGGUAAACUAGUGCUCUCUCACUACAUUAGUGAGCGUCCAAGUACUUAUUUUACAGUAGAGUGCUUCACUACUUUUUCGUACAGUGAAGAGCCCACCAUUCCUCUUUACCCCCACGCACCCUAACCUGAUCAUUUAACAUCGUAAUCACAAAUGACGAGGUGAUUGUAGAUAUUCUUCACUGGGAAACCUGAAUAACGGCGUAAAGAAUACGAGUAUCGUUUGCGUUUCCUCUCUGUAACUUGGUCUGCGGGUGCCUAGCAUCCAUAUGUGGCUGGGAGGUCUGGGGCCUGCUGCCUAAUGGCCCUGCAUGGCGAGUGCUUGGAACAAUGUUGCGGCACGCGCAGGUAGUGCUGGUUUAGCUACACCGUUGCUGCUCCCCUGCCCCGUGUGUGAAAGCUCACGAGUCGUCUGUUUCUCUGUCCCGAUUUUUUUUUACUUUGUUUGCUCUCUGUCAUUACGAUGUAUAUCAGGAGUAGAUAAUAGGGACUAUCUACUCCUAUUAUCUACUCCUGAUGUAUAUCCAUACCUGGCUCCACGUUAUCAAUGUUGUCACUUGGCGGGGGUGAGAGUGAUGAUUUUUGUAAUUACGUUCAUGUUGUCGCAUGGUAUGACAUUUGUGUUGGUAGGAAAUUUGAUGCCGACAUAAACUUAGUGCUUAAAAAUCAUUGAUUGUUUCCUAAUCGAAUUAACGUAUAUAGCAAUACUGGUAGCGAUAAGUUGCAAUAGAGUUUGGAAAAACGGAGAGUUACGUACAGAAAAGAGGGAAGCGGUAGUGAUCGGGCAGUCAGGCUAUAUUUUUUCAAGAUGCAUGGAAAUUCGGUGGUGAUCGUUCUGUGAUCGUCAGUGGAGACGUGUCCAAUAAUGAAGCUAGGGGAACUUUCUAACCUCAGAUGCGAAUUAACAAAACAAGUUUACUGUAUCACUAUGUAGAUGUCUUAAAACAUUUCCCCGCGUGAUGUAUGUAUACAUGUAUGUGACAUAUGUAUGUAUACAGUUCCCCUUCAGUAGAAUAUAUACCUCGUAACAUAUUUA